AUGUCUCUCCCUCAACCAGUUCCUCCUUCAUGGAAGGACCUCGGAAAGUCCUCUAACGACUUGUUGGGGAAGGACUAUCCUUUCCAUGGCACAUCUCUGGAGGUCAAGACCAAAACGCCAUCCAAUGUCGCGUUCAAAGUUGGUGGAAACCGGGAUUCCAAAUCUGGUGUCAUCGCCGGGGACAUUGAGGCCAAGUACACCGACAAGAAGAACGGCCUCGUUUUCACCGAGACGUGGACCACUUCUAACGCUCUCAAAUCUCAGCUCGAGCUCGAGAACUACCUUGCCAAAGGCCUCAAGCUUGAUAUCGCCACGUCAUUGACGCCUGACAAGGGCCAAAAGUCAGCAUUGCUUAACGCGAUCUACAAGCAGUCCGGUGUCCACACCCGUGGCGCAUUCGAUGUGUUCAAGGGCCCCACCUUCACCACUGACACUGUCUUCGGUCGCGACGGCUUCUUGUUCGGUGCUGAGACUGCAUACAACGUCACUGAGGGUAAGAUUACUCGGUAUGCCGCUGCCAUCGGCUAUAACGCUCCCGAGUACGCCGUGACUGUUCACGGUCUCAACAACCUCAAAACUUUCACUGCGAGCUACUACCACCGUGUCAGCGCUGAUGCCGUCUACGACACCAAGGCAACGACUUCAGGCGUUGCUCUUGAGGUCGGCACUAAGGCGCGAAAGAUCAACAACUCCGGUGUUCUCGCCCUCGCCCUCCGUCCUGGUGUUAAGGCUUCCUUCGGUCUUGCCCUGGACACUCAACGCUUGAACGAAAUCAGCCCCACCGGCCCAACUCAACAAGAAAAGCUGGAAACCUUUAAAAAAUCCCAGAUAGCCUUGCAACUCUGCUCGCUUAAUUUUGGACCAGUAACGUCAGAACGGAGCAGCGUAAGCUGA